AUGGUUCAUCAUAUCAAUCCCUUCAAAGUUCGUUUAGCAGCAGUGCGGAAGAGAGGUGAGUGUUAAUAUCUUUUUGUUUCAAUGCAUUUCCCUGUGUAGGGAAUACUCCUGUAAUUUUCUAACUUAUUCCCGAAGGAAAACAGUUUUGUUAAAUUAUUAGUUUUGUGUAAAGCACGUCUGGGUCUAUGCAGCUUUGUGCAUAUUAUUGUUACCAAAAUUAACUAAGCGGGCUAUUGAAAAUGCCUUUCCACGAGCAACUAGUAUUGUCUUGUGUCUUGGAGUCAAUGAAAUUCAUUAUUAACGGGGGCAUUUAAAGACACCCUGUUCAAGAAGCUUAUUAGUGAAAUUGUUAACAGUGUUUUAAACUCUGCGGUCUAGGACAUCAAAACCCAUUCAGGACAAUUCAGUGGCAAAUUACCAGUAAAGCAGAAUGAGGGUUGUUCUUCAGAUUGUCACAUAAAAAGCUUGUUACCCCAGGAUUUUUGUUUGGGAGUCAUGGAUUUAUGACUGAACUUGCUUGGCGUUGAAGACUGUUAGUCCUAAAUGCUCUGGAAGUAUGACUUUCUUAGACUGUAAUAUUGUAAGAUCUACAUUGACAUUUUUAAAUGAUCCAUUGGGUGGCAGCCAUUGAGGAAUCACACGGCAGGGUACAAAAGGGAUUUUUUCUCUCAGUGCCACCCAGAGGCGAUGGUUCCCCUCAGUCAAAUAAGCACAGCCAGUGUGCAGGUCACAGGAAAUAAUCAGGGGCUCUUGAAAUCCCUUCUUCAAAAUGAAACGCCUGACUUGCUCCAAGUGAUUCAAAUCAUUUCCCAGCUUUGGUGUCAGUGAUCUGUCAAAUUCUCUGUACUCCCACAAUUCUGUUGUUUUUACCAUUUGAUAAUCAUAUGUUUGGUCAAACAAAUCAGACAUGUAAGAUUUGGCACACAUCUUUUGCUUUUCAUUUUCAGUGGGCUCAUCAAAUUUUUGGAAAAAUAAAUCUUCUGAACUGUCUAACAGUUUAAAAUCACUUUCAAAUUCUUCUUCACUAUCACUAGAGGACAAUGUGUCCUUUUGUAGGGCAGCAACCAUUUCCUUAAAUGAUUUAAUUUCUGGUGAUUGCUUAAAGGAUAGAUCUUCAGUAGCUUCAUCUCUCACACUAAUUUUCAGUUUUCUUGGUGGGUCAUGUGUUGGCUUACUCCCUUUUUGUUUUUUUGUGGGAUGUCUUUCAGGUGUAUAGCCAUGUUUCACUGGUGUUAAGUUGAGACGUUUGAUGCCUGCAGUUUCAGUUACAGUUUCUUGUGUUUUUACCAUGUUAAUCAUAGAGUCAUUGACAAAUGUUACAGGGACAAAGUCAUUCAGUUGUUUAUGAGGUAAAUUAGAGUGGUUCCUUUCAGGAGCCUCAAUGUAAUUCUCAACACUACAAUCAGGAACAAAAGUUAUAGGUACACUUGAAAAUGAGUUGCAUUGUUUCAGUAAAAGUUCUUUUAGGUCAGCUAUUUUCUGGUUUGAUUGUGUAGAGAUGCUGUAAUGUUGAAGAAUGGCUUUAAUGUUUGUAAGGCUAGCCUUGUUGUCUUUUAACAUCAGCAAGUUUUUGUGAUCUUCAAUUAUACGUUUUAUUACUUGAUUAUCAUUCAAAGUAUUUAGUUGCUGAAAUGUGACUCCAUUGGUACAAUUUGUGUGUUGCGUGGCAACUUUCUCAAACAUUAAAAGAUACAAACUCUCCUUUUCAAGAAAUAAUGGUUUGGAGCCAACAAAGGUUGCUUUUCCAUUAUUCCAUAGACCAUUGUAAACAAACCAACCAUUUUUGUAAUUUUUUUGAGAAGAAUACACUUCACACCAGUAGUGAUGUGAUUUCAGGUAGACAAUACCAGUCAAUUUAUACAUACAGCCGUUGAUAUCAAUUGUGUUUUCUUUGUCCAAGUUUGGAGUGUACCCUUUUGAAGAAUUUCCUGUGUACCCAACAAAAAAUAUGUCAGGUUGGUUGAGUACAGUUGUUGAUUGUUGUAACAUUGCCCCACAAGUCUUAGGAUCACUUAUUAUAGCACAGUCUGAGUCAAUGGCAUUACUCUGAUCAUUUUGUAUCAGAACAGAGCAUUUUGAUAUUGGCAUGAAAUUCCUUAGUGUUAGUUUGUGUUUAAUCACCUGAAUAACAUCGAACUCAUUGGAAUCUUGGAGGAGAUGUUCGUCUAAUACAUCAUCAGCACUGACUGGAAACACGUUAUGUCUAAAGGUGCGCAAUGAAUCAUGGUUUGGGUCAUAACUGCAUGAUUGUGAAUAAUUUGUUUUGAGUGAAAAUUUCUGUUGAAGAUCUUCAGGCAUGGAUUCAAGAAGUCUGUAUAUGAUGGAAUCAAGGGCAGCUUCUUUACCAUAGGCAUAAUAUGUGUGACCAUUUAAUGUUUUGUCCCUUAACCACUUCCAUAAUGACAUUUUACUGUCAUGGAAUUUUCCUUUUUCUCUUAAUACAAAUGAAUUAAGUAAUGCAGUAAGACCUUGUGACAUAUUUACAUUGUGGGAAGUAAAGUGACGUUUGAAACCGUGAUAGGUCAUUUCAAGGAAAGUGUCUUGAUGACAGCUGUUGUGAAUUCCAUUGGAGCCAUACUUAUAAGAUUGGUAGGACAGUUGUUGUGCACCUUGCGACUUGUUUAUCCUCUUUUUGCGUACCUCGCAUGGGUUGAGUUUACAAAGCCAUUCUUCAUCUUUACAACCCUGACACUUUCGGGAAACACAUUUUUGCUUUACUGGUUUGUCUAUAGUCUCAAAGUUCUUCAAGUCGCUAUGAGAUAAAACAUUUGGGUUAAUAAGAGAAUUGGGAAUAAAACUAAGACAGGGACUUUUUGUGGCAAUUUCCUUACUCUUUUGUUUGAGACCAAAGACAUCCUCAUGCCAUGGAGGUUGUAUCUCAUCACAGGCAAGAUUCCAAAAUUUGUAGAGGUAAUUUAAAAGCAAUUCUAUGUAACUGUCAUCUCUCUCAACAAGAAAAACUUUGGUGCCAACAGGAGUCCAAACAACAUAGUGACAUUCUUGAGUGGAUGUGCAGAACAUUUCCAGCAUGAUUUGAGGGAUAUGGUUGACACAUACAUUUUUGUAAGGAACUGGUUUGCCUCCCAUGAAAGGACAUUUAAUCUCCAGAACUGUUUUCCUUUUCCCAUCGAAUUCUAUGAUUCCAUCUGGGGAAGAACCAAGCCAUGAUUGAUUGUUCUUGUCAUUUAAAAGCCAAAUUCCAGUUUCUCUUACAAUUACAUUAUCUGGUUUUUUCCCCAAAAAACUUUUUAGGUAGGUGACAAGAGCACUGUCUUCAUUGAUAGAACCCCAUAACAUUGCCAAAUUUGAUUCAUUUCCUUCUUUAGUUACACCAUGUAAAUCAUUAGAUAAAUCAUUCCAGUAAUCAUUCAUGGCCUUUUUCCCAUACCACCCAAGAGCUGUUGCUGCCUUGCUUCCAUUGAUUUUCCCCUUACGAGCAUUGAACCACUCAGCUGAUCUUUGUUUGUAGAAUUUGGGAUCAUAGUUACUCGAAUUUUCAGCUGAUAUUGAUUUGUAGUAUUGAAAAUCAUCAGGGCUCUUCACAGAUAAAUUACCAAGCAAUUUUACUAAUGAUGUACCAGUCUGGUACCAUGCAGGCUUCACUACUGGGGGUUUAUUUUGCUUAAGUUUUGUUUUAAACUGAUCAUCAGGUUUAAUUUUGUUUGGACAAGCUACUUUAAGGUGGCCCUUUUCGCCACAUAAGUAGCAAUUUUGCUUGGCCAGCCACUCUGGUUCAUGUCCUUCAGGACAGUCAAUUGCCCAGUGACCUUGUUUAUGGCACCGAAAACAAACAUCGCUUGACUGUGCCUUUGCUGUCAAGUUUGCAUUAUAUUUUUCAUUAAACUUUUUUAGCAUUUGUCGUACAGCAGACUCAUCCUCUUCAUGUUUUGGUGCAAGACCAUCUCUAGCUAAAUAUGUUACGCACCUUCUUUUUGUAAAUUUUCUCACAAAAGCCGAAAGUACCUUACAUGAGAGUCUUACUUGUGAUUCUGGAAUUAAAACCUUCUGUAAUAGUUUUUUUCCAAUACAAAGAAAGUUCUCUAUCAACCUUCAGUUUAUUGAUAGCUUCUUGAAGGGAAUUAUUAGACCAGUUUCCAGUAAAAAACUUAGUGCGUAGAUGGUAGUCGAGUUGCCUUGCAAACAGUAAUACAUGAUUAUGGUUUUCAUUUGCAUGUAAGGCAGUCAGAAUAGGUUGGCAUGUUUCUAGUAUUGUAGCAGGGGAAAAAAGAUCAAUAUAUUCAACGGUUUGCUUGACAUGUCGAGAUAGCUGUUGUUUAUCUGCAGCAUCAUGGAAGUUUUCAUCAAAGUCCCAUGUGCCUUCAGUUACACUACCAGAAGUGAACAACUCAUCAUCAUACAGUUCCCAUCCUUCUUUUUCACUGAAAUAGGUCGUACUAUCAGGAGACAUCUGUUUUGGUUUGGAUAGAGGAAGAGAAACCAGAUUAGGAAGGGCUGUCAUAUCAUAAGAGCCACAUGUUCCUUGUGUGUCUUUCAUUUCAGAAGAUAGAAGUAGUUCAGUUUCCAAAGAAGCAGAUGACUCAAAAAAUUGUAAUGUUGUUGGUUUUCCUCCUGACACUCUUGCACGUUGCAAUGAGAAGUAAUUUUCAACAUCAUCCUGGCACAUGGUCUUUGGAAUGAUGUGUAAUUCUGGAUGAUGCAUUUGAACAUACUGAACUACCCCCAGGAAAGCUCUGAUGCUUCUCUUUAGGUCUUUGAAUGUGAUCCUUGGUAUGAAUUUUUUCCAGUGCUUUUUCAAACCACUGGUUGCUUUUGAGCUUUCCUGUUUGGUGUCUUUGUACCAGUUAUCAAACCAGAGCAAUAUUUUUAAAAGUUCUUUGUAACAUUUGGGAUCCACCUCUAAAUUGUUGUUAAAUAUUUUAAAUAAUUUGUAGCACUGGUUUAUGUAACUGCGUGUUGCAACUGUUUCUUCAGGGGGUAAAGGUCCCUUAAGGAUGUCUAAUGCUACAUCAACAGAGCAAAGGGUGACAGCCCUUUUGACACUCAUUUUGGUCCUAGGUGUUAACUUCAAAUGCUUCCAGUUUAGCUUGGUUAGCUGGCGUUUUACAACUGGUAUCAAAUGAUCAGCUGUUAUUUUUUUACCCUCUUUUUCUAACUGCCCAUCAGGAUUGACAAUGAAGUUUCUCAAUUUUUUAAUCAUAUGGGGAUAAUCUGAAAGCCACCAAAUUGGUUUGUUGUCAUUGAAGGGAUUAUACGUCACCCAGUUCUGUGCUCCAGCUCUACUAAAAAAGGCAUGUGAAUAUGUGGAACCAUCUGAAACACCAUAUAUAACUUCUAUUUUUUUCCCAUUUUCCAGAUUAAGACUGCCAAUGGCUUCACAUACUUGCCAAACCAGAGAAGAAAGAGCUCUUUGGUCAAUUUUUUGUAGUGGGAAAGAGGCUACAGGCCAUGAAAAAUCCCCCUCUAUUGAUGAGUAGAAAAACUGGCAAAUAAGUUUGGCCUUUUUAGAUUGAUUUGUAGGUUUCUCAUUUGAAAAUAUUCCAUCAGUGUCGGAGUCAGAAUCAGUGGGACCAGUGUCAGAAUCACUUGAUUCAGAUGUGUUUUCAUCAUUGUCAUCUUCAUUUUCAAGAUCAUGUGGACUGAGAUUGAGUUCAGAGUUAAUAUUUAAAUCCUCAAAGCCAACUAAUUCUCCUGUCCUUUUGCACAGUACUAUUCCUUCUUUCACACUCAUUUCAUCCCAGUGUAUACCCCCGACUCCUUUACAACCCCUUCUUGUCAUUUCUUGCAGCAUGUGUGCUAGAUUUUGGUGAGAUAUGGGGCUUGUUGUGCUAGCUGCCUGCCUGUAUUGCUUAAUAGUCUCCCAGGUUGGUAUAGGCAGAAUACUUCUAACCACAUCGUAUCCCCUCUUGUGACACUUACUAGCUAUCAGACAGCUCCAUUUAAUAACAAGAGGAUUAUACCUCAUUCCCUUAGGGUGUGGCUUCUGAUUACUUUUAGUUAGCUUUCCAUGCCGUAAAAAUUCCUCCUCCUGACGCUUGAGUGAUGUUAAAGUGUCAGUCAGGAGGGCAUACAAAACAGAGUUUUCAGUAAGCCACUGGUUUUGUAAGGCAAUGUUCAUUAGUUGUCCAAGGCCAGAGGAUGUUGGGUUGUAAUUUUUGGGUGCUUCAACUUUUUUUGGUGUUUCUCUCUGAUACAAAAAGUAGUAUCGUCUUGCCUUUCUUUGGUUUUGGGCAACCACUUUGUGUAGAUUUUUUGCCCUGGUAAUGAGUUCAGCACGAGAUAGUUUGCUGAGGUUAACAUGGGAGUCAUGAGCUGUCUUGGAUUGUGUACUCUCGGGAGAAGGGUGUUUUUGCAAACACCUGUGAGACCUUAGAAAACCCUGGCAUUCAUGACAUCUUACUUUGGACUCAUUUGGUAUAAUGUAAGAACACUUAGUGCUUCUUAUACAUUUAACAAUUUUUCCAUCAGCAAUUGAACUCUGAGAGUCAAUUUGGUAUAAAGAGGUAAGUUCUUUUCUUUCGGCAAGAAUAUCCAUUAUUGCUGGAUCAUUUAUUCCGGGACAAACAGGUAAGUCAUCAAUUGUUUUCAGUAUCUUUUGUAGGGCAGUUUUGAAAAUGCUUGGCUGAAAGAUGAAUUGUGGAAGUUCCCCAUAAUCCACUUUGUUUCCCAUGAUGUGAACUGAGAAAUGACAAAUGUCAUUUGUUGCAUUUGGCAUGUUUAAGGGAAGGAAAAAGGUUAUUUCUUUCCACCUAGGUAUUUGAACACCUUUUGUUAUAUUUGGCCUUGUAAGAACAACCUUGAGACUCUUAUCGGUUGUAUUGGAAGUUGAAAAUGUUACUGUCCAUGGAAAGAUGUCAUGCAGAACAGAUUGAAAGAUUGUAUAUACAUCUGGUUGCAAGGACUCUGAGAAAUUUUCUUCAGAGGCAUAGCAUCCCUCAACUAUAUUUUUCAUGGGUCUUUGGUCUUCCAACAGUUGUUGUAAUCCUUUUGUAAAAAUCCCUACUUUUAAAUUUGAAAUUGAGGGCAACUCAAAUUUUGUUUCAGGUUUAUCAGGCAUUUGAGUGGAAGCGAAGCUCCCUGUUUGUGGUGUGGCUUCAAUAGCGGGGUCAGACCAAGAUGAUGUAUUAGAACACUUUUGUGUUUCUUCAAACAUAGCUUGAGCCUUCUCGUACUCAUUCUGUAUUUUUAGAGAUCUCAGAAAGAAGGGCUGACAUGAUAUACAUAUGUAGCUUGCUUUAGAUUCAUCAAUUGAAUCUUUAGCAUGGUAAAGGUCAUUGUGAAAAUCAGUUUUAUUUCCAGUUUGCUCAUCUAGAAAGUUGCAUGGUACUGCAAACAAGUUAUUGAAUACAUUUAUGUUGUGUUUAUUGCAGGGAACGUCACUGGAAAGGCAGACUUCAUUUCUGCACUGCGAACAUUGCACAAUGCAUGGAGUGACCUUUAGAAUGCCACGCUGGGCAUCACUUCGAGAUUUUGAUGAACUUUUACCUUUUGCAGGCUUAUGA